AUGUCCUCAUGGGUUCUGUGGGCCUCCGAGGUCGAAUGGCUGGCUGGCAUCUGGGCACCAACAUUACGCCAUCAUAAUGAUACAUUCUGGCUUGUUACAACUCUCGUAGACGAUGAUAGGGAAGCGGCAGAUGCUUCGAGAUGGGACAAUAUCAUCUUCAAGGCGCGAGAUCCCUUUGACCUGGGAUCUUGGACCGACGCGGUUCAUUUCGAAUUCGAAGGAUAUGAUACGGAGCCUUUCUGGGACGAUGAUGGCAAGACAUACAUCAAUGGCGCCCAUGCCUGGAAGAUUGGACCGUGGAUUCAACAGGCGGAGGCGGAUCUCGACACCGGGGAGGUCGGAGAAUGGAGAAUUAUUUGGAACGGCACAGGUGGCAUGGUACCGGAGGGACCGCAUAUUUACCGCAAAGAUGGUUACUACUAUCUUCUCGCUGCCGAGGGUGGCACUGGACUUGGUCAUAUGGUCACAAUGGCCCGCUCAGAGAGAAUAGGCGGCCCGUACCAGUCGAAUCCGUGGAAUCCGGUUCUGACCAACGCCAACACAACCAAUUACUUUCAAACUGUCGGGCAUGCCGACCUAUUUCAAGAUGCGUCUGGCAAUUGGUGGUGCGCCGCCUUGGCCACGAGAUCUGGACCAGAAUGGCUCAACUUCCCUAUGGGCCGUGAAACGGUGCUGACUUCGGCCACUUGGAGUGAGGGGGAAUGGCCAUACUUGACCCCUAUCGAGGGGAAGAUGAGUGGAUGGAAGAUGCAGUCAGAGGAUCUAGAUAUUGAUGGCUCUGGCUACCUAAUUUCACUAGGAGAAGGCCAAGGUGACGCUUUUGACUUUGCUCUGAAUUCGACGCUCCCAAACCAUCUCACGUAUUGGCGGUACCCAGUCGAAGACUCCUAUACAGUCUCACCUCCUGAAAAGCCUAACAGCUUACGUCUGGCGCCCUCUAAACUCAACCUCACUGCUUACAACGGCAACUACGCGGGGCCAGAAGGCCAAACAUUCAUUGGGAGAAGACAGCAAGACACACUAUUCACCUACAGCGUCGAACUUGACUUUCAACCAACGGAGGAAGAGGAAGAGGCCGGCGUGACGGCUUUUCUCACGCAGAACCACCACUUCGACCUGGGAGUUGCUUUGCUGCCUGCGAGAUUGAGUACCCAAGCCUUCCCUGGCCAAAACUUGUCGGCGGGGGGAAAUUCGAGUGAUCUCAAACUUCAAUUUCGGUUUCGAGGUAUAUCAUAUGCUCCCGUUCCUACCGAAAUUGUGAUACCCGUGCCAGAGGACUGGGUUGGUAAACCACUGAGACUGGAGAUCAAAGCGGCGAAUGUGACACAUUACUCCUUCGCUGCUGGACCGGCUGGAGCAGCUUCCCAAAUCGAGACUAUCCUAUACGCCUCUAACGAUGCGGUAAGCUGGGGAUUUACAGGCGUCUUCCUCGGUGUCUACUCGACCAGCAACGGCGGUACUGGAACCACACCAGCGUAUAUCGCGAAUUGGAGAUACAGCCCUCAAGGGCAGUUCAGAGAUUAG